AUGCGACGCCUGAUAUGUAAACAGCCCGCUGAGCUGCGGCGCCUGUCGUGCUGCAGCUGCGGCCGGAGCGGCAGUCAGCGGCCGGAGCAGCAGGGCGUGCUGUGCGCGCUGCAGCGCGACGCGUCGUGGAAGUGCCUGGCGCUGACGCUGCUCAUCUGCGGCUGCCUGGGCGCCGUCACGUGGUGCCGCCUCGCCGAGGUCACCAAGGUGAUCAUCAACUUCUCGCUGUACCCCAUCACGCGCACGCGCCAGAUGUCGCCGUGCGAGGACGGCUACCUGUACGUGCCGGUGGCCUUCCUGGCGCUGCUCUACCUGGUCUACCUGGUCGAGUGCUGGCACUGCACAGCGCGCCUCGACCUGCAGGGCCCGCGCGCCGAGGCGGCGCAGGUGCUCGAGCGGGUGCGGCUCAUGAAGGAGGCCCAGCCCGUCGUCUGGUGGAAGGCGGUGUGCUACCACUACGUGCGCCGCAAGAGGCAGGUGACGCGCUACCGGCACGGCGACGCCUUCACGUCGACGCAGGUCUACUACGAGCGCGUCAACUCGCACGCGGCGGGCGCCUGCUUCUCCUACAGCUACUGCGGCGUCCGCGACAUCUCGCGGGAGCUCAAGCUGGACGCCGACUGCCCGCUCACCAAGAUACGCUUCAGCAAGGGCUUCGCGUUCGCCAAUGUGGAGGCGGCGGCCGAGUUCGAGGAGCAGCGGGCGCGCUUCUUCGGCGAGUACGAGCGCGUCGACGACUACCUGGAGAUGCGGGAGGGGCUCGACGUGGCGCACUUCCGCGACGAGCAGCUGACGGUGGCGCCCGGCGUCGGCGCCUCCCUCUACAGCCCCACCGUCUUCUGGGUGUGCUCGCUGCUGCUGCUGUCCUGGCCGCUGCGCCUGCUGCUGCAGUGCCGCACCGCCUACCUCCACUACCAGUGCCGCACCGCCUACCUCCACUACCAGGUAGGCUAG